AUGUCUUAUUUCAAUAUCAUAGUUGAAGUCAACUUAGCUUCUGCUCCAAAAAGCCAGCUCAGAAGCAUCAAAAGGAUCGUCACAGUACCAAUGACCUCGCCAGAAAAGGAUUUCAUCAAUAAAUUCGUGGCCCUGGCUACUUUACGGCAAUCAGCCCUUUCUUCCGACUCCAAAAAACCAUUACAAGAUGUUACCAACCUGGGCGUAGCAUUACCGGCUUUGAGAUACAAAUAUAAUCAUAAAAGGGCCAGAAAAAGUGCAGGCGCCGAUUCAGUUGUUCAGCUACGCUUGAAAUCUGUCAGAGCGCCCAAAUUUGUACACUCGAAGGCAUUUUCCGCUACCCAGACCAUAUAUCAAGUAAAACGGUUUUUGGUCGAGGUUGAAGACUCAAUUGUCGACAGCUCGCAAUUGAAGGUACUGUUGAAGGGCAAAGUACUGCAUGAUAAUAUGCUGGUGUCAGAUCUAAAGGUGGAAGAGGCCGAUCUGGUUAUCAUGGUGUCUAAAGCUCAGCAAUCGCCGCCUGUCACCAGCCAAGAAAGCACUCAAUUGGCAUCUGUCGAAGUCCCUUGGAACAAGAUCAAAUCGCUUCUUCAUGCGGAGAUCUCGGAUGCUGCCAUUGCAGAGUCCGUUUUCGAACGUCUUCAAAAGGGAUGGCAAUCGACAGAACCCUCAGAUCUGGACUGA